GUUCACCAUUCAAACAUUUGUCAUCUUUUCAGGAAAACUGAUUUGAUGAACCUGAGAUAUACAACCAAUAGACCAAUGGACAAGCAAUUAAAGAGUGGAAUUAAUUUGGAAUGACACUUAAAAUCUGGGAAGUUCACCGAUUGGAAUAAUGAACAUGAGACAUACAAAGGCAGAAUACAACAAAAGUAUGUGUAUGAGUGCCAGUGUACAAUGCUGAAAGAAAGUUGAUUUACACCUAGAAGAUGGCGAGAGAAAGGAAAGUAAGAUAGAAGGGGAAAAUGAGGAAACGAUGAGAAGAGAUGAUGAUAAUGAGAAAAAAAAAGAAAGUAAAGCAAGUGAAAUGAGGUCAGAUGAAUUGGAUGAAAAAUUGCUAUUAGUUACUUCGAAAUCUGGAGUUGGAAAGGAGAUAGCAAGAGACGAAUAGAAAGAGAGAGAGAAAGAAAGAUAGAUCUAAAGAGAGGAAGACUUUGCCUUCAAGAAUAUAAUAUAACUGAGAGUGAAUAACAUUUUCACUCCCAGUUUGUUGAAGAAAAGAGAGGGAAAAAGGAAGGUAAAAAGAAAGAGAAGAAAGAAAGAGCUGCGAACUUGUGUGUAUAUCAAAUGAACUGCUAUUCUGUGCUCAGACAUUUACCGUUCUCAAUCCAUUUCUCUAUCAACUAACUCACUCUACACACUCAAAUCACUUUUACCAAGUACAAAUUCGGUGACCCCGAUUCCUUCAUCAUCUUAUUCUUGUUUCUCAUCAUCAUCGUCAUCUUUUUAUCUUCUCUUUCUCUAUGGUUGUUACCCUUUUUUUACCAUUCACUCAUCUUUUUACCAGUUUUAUUUGGUUCGUUAACAAGUUCAAGUAAGGAUGCAACAUCCCAAGGAAUUGAAUUCACCUUGAUCAAAUUUAACCCAAUCAACAAUAUUAAAACCAUAUCAACCCAAAACUAAAAGUACAACAUUUUCCAAUUUUUAUUUUCCUAUUUCCAACUCUGCUAUAUCAACCAAACCAUAUCAACAAGGAACGGCAAUUUAAAGUGAAUCAACUAAUCAUUGAUAAAAAAUACAAAUCAACGAAAACUCAAAUUUAACUAGUUGUCUAAAUGUAACAAAUUUUUAUCCAUUUGGUAUAUUUGUGUGUUGAUUGUUUACAUUUACAAGUUAUUUACACAACUCCAUUUUACACAAUUUACACCUUUUUUGCGUUCAAAUUUUAUUGCCAUUUUUUGUCAAUCUAUUUAUAAUUAGAGUUAAUUAUGAAAAUACUUACACUGCACAAAGUAGUUGUUAUGGGUGCCGGUGGAGUUGGUAAAACUUCACUUGUAACCCAAUUUGUAUCACAACUUUUUCCAUCAUCAUAUAAACCCACCGUUGAGGACUUUUACUCGCACACAAUAACACUUCCAGAUGGUAUGCGUCAUACGGUUGAAAUUUUGGAUACAGCGGGAACUCAUUGCUUCCCUGCAAUGCGUCAGCUCAGCAUUCAAACCGGGAGAGCAUUUGUAUUGGUUUUUUCCGUUGAUAGCCUUCAGUCUUUCUAUGAGACCAUCAACUUAUACGAGCUCAUCACCAAAAUAAGAGGACAUGAAGUUCCCAUUGUCCUGGUUGGAAAUAAGAGUGACCUUGAUGAAGAACGUAAAGUUGAUGCUGAUCUGAUUGAUACAACUCGAAGUGAAGUGAUGAACAAUAUACCUUAUGUUGAGACUAGUGCCAAACUGAAUACCAAUGUAAAAAAGCUAUUCCAUGAGCUUCUACUUCAAGCUCGAGGGGAUGGAAAUAAUUUGAAAAAAAAUCGAACCCUAAUACGACGGCUGGGAUCCUUUGGGUCAUUACCUAAUAUCAGUAAAUUGAAACGAAAACCUUCAGGUGAAGGAAGUCCGGUUAAGCAUGGUAAUGGUGGAGGUGGGGGUGGACUAGGUGGUGAUGGUAAUAAUAAAAAUAGUAAUAAUAAUAAUGGAAUUACCUGUAAUGAUGAUGGAGUCGAUUUAGAUAUUGUUAGGCCAAAAAGUAAUGUACACCAUCAACUUUCCCUGGAAGAAAGUGGAAAAGUAAAGCCUGAUCCAGCUUGCAUCAUAUCAUAAAAGCCAAUAACAAACGAAGCGCAAAAAUCAAACAAUAGCAACAGCAGAUUCAGAUGAAACCAAGGAAUUAAUUAUCAAAAACUGUUACCGAAGACUCAAAAAUAAUAUGAAAUAGCAAUUUUUCAACUAAAUACAACAAUAAUAAUCAACAAUUCCAACCCAUUGGCAAACUAAAGCGAAAUGAAAAAAUCCAACAUUCACUUAAUACAAAAACAAAUGAAGCAACACAAGGAAAACCAUAGAUGAUUUUGUUUUACCAGAUUAACAUUCACAACAAACACUUACAUAAAAUUAAUCACUCACAGAGUCUCACUAGAUUUAUCAUGUAAUUAACUUUUCAGUUAAUCUGCUUUUAUUUUUGUCAUCAUAAUCUGUUACAUUGAUAAUAAUUGAAAUAUUUUUCCCCUCGCAAAACACACAAAAAAAACAAAACCUUUUCUCUUGCCAAAAUCAAAUAGAGCUGAAGCUAUUGUCGUAGUCCUUAUUAAAACAUGUUGAAUAAGACAAGAAAUUACAAAUCUAUUCCGAUAACAUAGUUAAAUAUAAAUACAUUGAUUAAUAUUAAUAAUGUAACACUUUUAAAUUAACAGAGUAAGAGUUUUAAACAUAAAACAUAUCAAUAUUUUCGAUUGAAAAAAUAGAGAAACGCUCAGAUUCCUUAUUCUUAUUCUUCCUUUUCAUUUCUUUCUCUUCUUAUCCCAACCCAAUUUUGGGUUAUUUGUUACUAAUGUUAAUAAAAGUUGAAAAUAAUCAUGUCUUAGAUGGUCAAGUUAAUUGUCAAUGGUUAAUUUGUUGAUGCAAUUUACAAUGGUUUAAAAGCUGAUUAUUAUUCACUGUCAAAUGGUCACAAUGUUUCAACGUUUAAUCACUUGGCCGCGACAUUAACUGCCUACGAAUUUUUCUUACCUGAUUCUCGAUCCUGGUAAUUGUCGAGUGAUUGUAACAAUAAUGCAACUAUCAAUGAUAAUGACAAUAUAAUACAGUAAUAAGAAGAAACCAUUCCAAUAAAUUUGGCAACAACACUUUGAAUUGUCAUCAUAAAUGGUCAUUGAAAAUACGUGAAAACAAUAAAAAACUAAAAUCUCAAAAUGUUUUCAUCUUGAUUGUUUCAAAAAAGUACAUUAAUAAAUUUGCAAAGCUUUUAA